GGCGGCGCGGCGGCCCUUGGACGGUCAAGAUGUUGAAUCCUCGAUCCGAUCAGUUCACGUACAAGACGACAGAAGUGCUGUCGGCUGCUCAUAAUUUGGCGGAGGAGAUGUCUCACUCGCAGAUCACCCCUCUGCAUCUCGCGGUAGCAUUGCUGAACGACGCUGAUGGCAUUUUUCAGCAGUCCGUGAAGGCAGCGGCGGGGGGGCGCAGCGACUCUCUGACCACUGUGGAGCGCGUCCUCCGCGAGGCUCUGGGCAAACUGCCCACCCAGAACCCGCCGCCCGAUGAGAUAACCGCCAGCCCUGCGCUGACGAAGCUGAUCCGCCGGGCGCAGGCGGUGCAGCGGAAGAAAGGCGACUCUCAUCUGGCCGUCGAUCUGCUGAUCCUCGCGGUCCUGGAAGAGUCCAACGUGGCCGACGCGCUUAAGAACGCGGGAAUCAGCCCGAGCAGAGUGAAGGCUGAGGCGGAGGCGUCGAGAGGGUCGAAGCCGAAGAAGGUGGAGGAUGCCGCGGGCGAUGCCGGGUUCCAAGCGCUGAAGAAGUUCGGUCGGGAUCUCGUCGAGGACGCGGCCAAACUCGAUCCCGUCAUCGGUCGGGACGACGAGAUCCGCCGCGUGAUUCGGAUCUUGUCCCGACGCACCAAGAACAAUCCGGUGUUGAUUGGAGAGCCAGGGGUGGGGAAGACGGCGGUGGUGGAGGGGCUGGCGCAGAGGAUAGUCCGCGGAGAUGUCCCCAGCAACUUGAUGGAUAUCCAAUUAGUAGCGCUAGACAUGGGCGCGCUGGUGGCGGGAGCGAAGUAUCGCGGAGAGUUCGAGGAGAGGUUGAAGGCGGUGCUGAAGGAGGUGGAGGAGGCGGAGGGUAAGGUCAUCUUGUUCAUCGACGAAGUCCAUCUGGUGCUGGGGGCGGGGCGGACUGAGGGCUCCGCGAUGGACGCGGCUAAUCUGUUCAAGCCGAUGCUGGCGCGCGGGAAGCUGAGAUGCAUAGGCGCCACGACGAUAGAGGAGUACCGCAAGCACGUGGAGAAGGAUGCGGCAUUCGAGAGGCGAUUCCAGCAGGUGAUGGUGGUGGAACCCAGCGUGCAAGAUACGAUCAGCAUCUUGAGAGGACUGAAGGAGAGGUACGAGAAUCAUCACGGCGUGAGGAUAAUGGAUCAGGCUUUGGUGAUGGCGGCGCAGCUGUCAAGCAGGUACAUAGCGGACAGAUUCUUGCCUGAUAAGGCGAUAGAUCUGGUCGACGAGGCGUGUGCGAAUGUGCGCGUGCAGUUGGACAGCCAGCCGGAGGAGAUCGACGCGUUGGAGAGGCGAUUGCUCAUGCUGCAAGUGGAAGCGCACGCGCUCGAGAAGGAGAAGGACAAGGCGAGCAAGACGAGGUUGAAGGAGGUCAAAGGAGAGGUUUCGUCGAUAGAAGACAAGUUGCGGCCUCUGAAGAUGAGGUACAGGAAGGAGAAGGAGAGAGUGGACAAGCUGCGGGCGUUGAAGCAGAAGAGAGAGGAGGUGUUGGCGAGCAUUCAGGAGGCGGAGAGGCGGUACGACCUAGCGCGGGUGGCCGAUCUUCGCUACGGGGCAAUGCAAGAACUGGACAGCGCGAUCGCGCGAUUGGAAGACGAGUUUCAGGACGAGGAGUUUGUGACGGAGACGGUAGGUCCCGAUCACAUUGCGGAGGUGGUAAGCAGAUGGACCCAGAUCCCGGUGUCGAAGCUAGGCCAGGGAGAGAGGGAUAGAUUGAUAAGUCUGGCGGACAGUUUGCGUCAGCGAGUGGUGGGUCAAGACGAAGCGGUCACGGCCGUCGCCGAGGCCAUCCUGCGCUCCAGAGCCGGGCUUGCGCGACCUGGGCAGCCCAGCGGGUCGUUUCUAUUUUUAGGUCCGACGGGCGUCGGGAAGACGGAGCUGGCCAAGGCCUUAGCGGAGCAGCUGUUCGACGACGAGAAGCAGAUGAUACGAAUCGACAUGAGCGAGUACCUUGAGCAGCACUCCGUCGCUCGCCUGAUUGGUUCCCCGCCGGGCUAUGUCGGGCACGAGGAGGGGGGUCAGCUCACCGAGGCUGUGAGGAGGCGUCCUUACAGUGUCGUUCUCCUCGACGAGGUGGAAAAGGCUCACCCCGCCGUUUGGAACACUUUGCUCCAGGUGCUGGACGACGGUAGGCUAACGGACGGUAAGGGUCGUACCGUCAAUUUCAAGAACACUGUCAUUAUUAUGACGUCGAAUUUGGGCGCCGACCACAUCAUCCUGUCCAUCACCCAAGCCUUGGACUUCAACGCGACCAAGAAAAGGGUGAUGGAAGAGGUAAGAAGGCAUUUUAGACCCGAGCUAUUGAAUAGAUUAGACGAGAUAGUCAUCUUCUCGCCGUUGGAUGCGGGGCAGUUGCGCAAGAUCGCUCUCCUUCAGAUCCGAGAUAUCGAACAGCGAUUGGCCGACCGCAUGGUCGCCCUGCGGCCGACCGAUGCUGCGCUCGACUUCGUCCUGUCGGAGGCGUACGACCCCAUCUACGGUGCCCGCCCCCUCAGGAGAUGGCUGGAGAAGUCCGUCGUCACUGAGCUGUCCCGUAUGCUAAUCAGGGGAGAGAUAGAGGACAACUCAGUGAUAGUCAUCGACUACGAUGCGGUGAAGCGCACGCUUGUGUACCGAGUCGAGAGGAACGGUGGAAUGAUGGGUCCAAAGACGCACAACGCUGACGCGAGCCCGGCGCGCUUUGCUGCUGCUGGACCUCCUGGGAACAAGCGGCCGAAGCUUCUGAAGGGAGAAGACGACGACUUAGACGACGAAGCGGAUAUGGAGUAAAAUUUUCUGCCCACGUGGAUGGACGAAAUGGAAGAGGUUGUUGUUGUUCUUCCCCCCUUUCUCUCCCUCCCUUUCGUAAGAUGACAUUGAUGAACGUGUGACUCGUGUCGUGUCAUCGUUUCCUUGGAUGGAUUGACGUGUGACACGUGGUGUCAUCGCGUCCUUGGAUGGAUUAACGUGUGACACGUGGUGUCAUCGUUUCCUUUGGAUGGAUUAACGUGUGACACGUGGUGUCAUCGUUUCCCUGGAUAGAUUAACGUGUGACACGUGGUGUUAUCGUUUCCGUUGGAUGGAUUAACGUGUGACACGUGGCGAUGUCAUUUUGUCGUAUCUGAUCGUCUGCAUGCCCGUGAGUAGAGUUGUGAUGCUUGUGACACGUGUCGUCGGUUUCGUGGAUCGAUGUGCGACACGA